AUGGCUACCAGUCAAGAUGCCAAAGAUUUAGAGUCAUUUCUCAGCAAAGUAGAGCAGCUUGAAUCUAUAGUUAAAGGUUUGAAUUCGACGGAAGACAAAGAGCGUAAGGAUGCUAUGAAAAAAGCUGAUGAUGUCAUAUCGCUCGUUCAGUCCAAACGUUCAGCAGAAGAUGACGAUGAUGAUGACCUCCCGAAAACAAAAACAGGUUUCAGUAAGACAGUCAUCAACAACAGCCCAUCUUCCACUUCCGACUCCAUUGGUGAUACAGGACCAAUCAGCCACGGAGGGUUCAUGGCGGCCAUGGAGCAGGACGCUGCUGAGAGGGCGGAACGACGGAGACGGGCAGAGAAAGACGCUAACGAAAUCAAGGAGAAGGGAAACGAAGCUUUCCAUAAAGGAGACUAUCUCAGAGCUUUAGAGCUUUACACAGAGGGUUUGACCAAACAGAAGGACAAUCUUGCAUUGCACACGAACCGUGCUCAAACCAACAUAAAGCUGAAGAAGUUCGAAGAUGCCCUCACUGACUGUGAGUGGGCGUUAAAGGUUAACCCUUUAAGUAUCAAGGCAUAUAUUCACAUGGGUCGUUCGCACCUUGGUUUAAAGAAGUACCAGCAAGCUCGGGACGACUAUCAUCAAGCCAUCAAGAUCGAUCCACGCAAAGAAAAACUCAUCCAAGAUUACAUAGCUGAGGUGGACCGGACAGAGUUGGCAGAGCAUCAGGAGAAAGAGGCCCGUGCUCAUUUCGAAUGUGGGGACAGUGAGGCCCAGGGCAUCGUCAGGCUCAUAGAGAAAGUGGGAAAACCCGACCACCUCCCCAUGUAUUACAGUGGAGGAUUCCGCGUGAUCGCUAACAUGCUCAACACAACUGAUGACAAGACAUUAUUCCGAACACACGGAGGUCUGGCUAUGUCAUCAACACACCCAGUAUUAUUACGAUGUUUAACUGCUUCAAUAAAAGCUUUGUCUCAGGACGAGAGAGACGUACUGUGUGCUGCGUUCGACAUGUUCACUGCAGCCUGCACAAACAACGAGUCGAACCAGCAGCACAUGUUUGACGACGAUGAUCUGGCUGACAGACUCCUCGCCAUUCUCGAGGCGAAGCUGAAGACUCCGGGCCGCGUGUUGCAGACGUCGUUUGUCAACCUCCUCCACACAGUCUCCAUAUCGGACAUCGGCCGCAUCACCAUCGUGGCAAAGUUCGACAUCUCCAGACUGCUCUCCGCUCUCUUCCUGCUGAUGAGGUGUCCUUCAUCGUCAUUGGCACUGAUGUCGGCCGCUCUCCUCAACAACAUCGCUCUCGAGAAGAGGUUUAAAUCUCACUUGAGGGAUCAUGUGGACGACCGACUGCUGCCAGCAUUUAAAUCUUUAGCUCACGACAGUUCAUGUUUGGACGGUGUGAUGUCGAGCUGUUUGUCGACGAUAAUGAACCUGGCGGGAGACCCAUUCCUACGUGCUGCCUUGUCCAACAAACAGGAACUGUGGGAAUCAAGUCUUCACCUGCUCGACGUGCACAAGUCUCGUCUGACUGACGGGGAGGAGGUGAUCUCGGCCGCGCUAGGUCUGCUUAUGAACCUCAGUGUGGAGACAGGGCAGUGCGUGCGCCAGUUCGGCCAGCGCGUGUGUGAACACUGCCUGCGUCUGUGUCGCAUCAACCCCAGCCACAACAACAUCAUCGAUCGCAGCCUCGGACUGGCUGGCCACAUCCUACCUCACUGUGUGCCCGCCGUCGAAUGGGUGUGCUGUCACGAUGGGCCUCACAUCCUCCUACAACACAUCAUGUCAGACAGUGAAGUUCGGAAGAAAGCGUGUAUCAAGAGUCUGACGGCGUGUACUCAGCUCAUAGAGUCAGCCAGACACAGUGUGGUGGAUCACAAAGGGUUACCUCCCCUGAUGGGUCUGCUGAAGUCGGAUGAUGAGGUGGUGGUGGGCAACGCAGCGCUGUGUCUCAGUCACUGCUGCCAGGUGCAGAAAGCGGCCACCGACCUCGUCCAGACGGCCAUCAUCAAAGACCUGCUCAUACUGACGCGGGACGGGCGUCGUGCUGCCGUGCAACAGAAUUGUGCCAUUCUCAUUGCCAAGUUGGCACAGGCUGAUAACAGACAUCUUGAUCGACUGAGAGAACUCCAUGGAAUUGAAAUAUUAACAUCUUGUGUCACGUUCUGAUCACUCUGCCUUCUCUAUGUGUUUGUGUGUUUGUUUGCGUGUUUGUUUGUUUGUUUGUUUGUGUGAUUCAUUCAGUGCCAUUACCUCUGUGCAUGUUACUAAGUAUUUGGGGAUGCAGAUGAUUUGUCCUCUGGAUGUUUUGUCCACAGACGAUUCGUCCACUAAAAAUUUGUCCACUUUUGAACUCGAGACAAUUCGUCCACAACCAAAAAUUGUUCUUGGACAAUUCGUCCACUAUAAUUUUUAUAGUUAAUUUAGAACUUAGCUGGAACCUGGUAGCAGGAUGGACAUAAUAUCAUUGUUUAUUGGUUGGUUACCUCAAAUUACGUCAUGUUAUCACAGUUAUGGUAUUUUUGACAUAAAUGAUAAAAUUUUAGUUUAGUUACUAGCUUUGUUUUCUAAAUAGUAUCUCAGAAUUAUAGGUGUAAUUGAAGAGCAAUUUGAAUAACAACAUAUCAAUAAAGUACUAUAAAUAAUGGACACAGACAGACGAUAACAAGUUGAUAGUGCCACUAAAAUUUACUUUGUUUCAUAUACUAUAGUAGUUUACCACAAAACAAAAAUAAUUGACCAUUUUAAUGGCUAAGAAAUAACAUUUUAGAUAUAUUGAUCUAAAUGUUGUAAUCAAGUGGACGAAUUGUCCGAGGUGGGUGGACAAAUUUGUAUGGUGGACGAAUCGUCUGUGGAUGAAACGUCCAGAGGACAAACCGUCUGGAAAGCAGUAUUUAUAUUACCUCCCCUUGUGUAGGAGUUAACCUCCCCUUAUGUAGGAGUCCAGUGCCCGAGGGUUACUCACACGAUGUGAAUCCUGUUAUCGUUUAAAGACAUGGUAUCACACAUUGCAGGUUAUAGGCUUCGAUGGUGUAGUGGUUAAGCCAUCAGUAUUAAAGCUGGUAGGUACUGGGUUCGCACCCAGGUACCAGUCCUCACCCAGAGAGAGUUUUUAAAUGAGAUAUUCUUAGCAUGCAGUCAUUGUAAAAUGUUUCCAGCCAUAAUGACAUAUUAUGUUGGGGUGGGUUUUUUUAGAAUACCAGUGUCUGCAUAAUUUUCAUUUCGUUUCAACUUAUUUUUGUACUUGUA